AUGGAUCGCCCUGGAUAUAUCAAGCUCUUCAUUGCUACCACAGAUUCAAAUCCAAAAUCCACCAGUCAAUUAACCAACAUCAUAGUCAUCCCGAUGGAAGAACCGAUCAUCACCAUCCAACUCACACACUGGCUUGAAACACUCCAUACCUUGCUCACUCCAAUGAACGAACUACUCAACCAUCUCCCUCUAGCCGCAGACUGGCUCGGAGCAUCCGGUCUAUAUCUCCCCCCGAUAGAAGAGUUCCUCAAUCACCAACACCACUCCGCGGCAUCUGCGAUCCUCGCCGCCAUUCUCCUGUCCCUCGCCCUCGCCCAAGUCGCAUGCUGGCUCGAAACCUCCGGCGUGUACCGUUCCUACGACGAGUCCCUAUUCAAAGGAACCACCACUCUACUCCGCGCCAUCUACGCUCUCUUCAGCUGGAGCACUCUGGAGGGCCUCUUCCCCAGCCAUCAAACAGAUCGCGAAAGGGAGCGCAGGCUGCUCGACAACUGCGCCGGCAACGACCUACUCCCACCGAGACGAUCAAACUCGACGUGUCGCAGGGUAGACUCCCCCCGCAGGCGGCUAACACGCUUCAAGGACCAGUGGAAGGACAAGUCGUUCCCGGGAGGCAGCCGGCCCGCCUGGCUCCGCGAGCAGCGCAUCGCUUGGGAGAGGAACGUGUGCGGCCUGUACAUGGAGUCCAUGGUGCGCGACCACGACGCCCUGGAGGCGCAGCUGGCGGAGAGGGACGCCAGCCUGGAGAGGCUGGGGGAGCAGAUGGCCGAGCUGGAGCUGAGGGUCGAGCAGAACAGGAACUGGUACUGCAAGAUAUGGAACAUGCACAAGCCGGGGGACGUGGUGAGGCGGGCGCCAAUGUCCAUGGCCAAGACGGCGCUGAGGCAGACGGACAUGUGGGAGGCGAUGUACAGGCUGAAUCUCACGAGGCUGGAGGAUGAGGCGCAGAUGUUGGAGCUCCAGCUGGAGAAGAUGACGGAUGGUGAGCGGACAUUGAAGAUGAAGAUGGCCCAUUUUGCGCAGGAGAGAGAAGAGUUCAGGAAAGAGAGGGAGAAAGACCAAGCGUUGAUCGGAGAGUUGAGGCGCGAGUUGGCGGACAGCUUGAGGCGGAUGCAGGUCGAGGGCCAGGACGAGAAACAGGCAGAGGACGUCAGGACUGAAGAAAACCCUGAGGAGGAGGAGGAGGAUGAGCGACAGAUCGCUCUGUUAGCGGGGAGGAUGAAACGCAGGACAUCAAAGGAAUCCCUCAAAUUGGGAAGUAUGCAGCUGAGCGAGGAACUUAUGGGUGCUGAUAUCAACGACGACGAUAUGCUUCUUUCUUGGAACUAG